ACUCGCCGCCGCGGCAGCGAGUGUGCAUAUCCUGUUUCUCUGACUCAGAGGAUGAUGGCUAUCGGGAGAGGAGGUUAGCCGAGCUGGUCCACAUAGAUGCUCGCGCGGCUGGACAACACUACGAGGAAGAAGACAAAACAGCGGAUUUCCAAAGAUGGAGGGGUUUGCUGCGGACAUGCUGAGCGGCGGCCGGGCUCUGCUGGGCGAGGACAGCUCAGUGAUGGCGCGCAUGCAGAAGAAGUUCUGGAAGACCAAGCAGGUCCUCAUCAAAGCUACAGGCAAGAAGGAGGAUGAGUAUGUGGUGGCUUCAGAUGCCGACCUGGACGCCAAGCUUGAGUUCUUCCGCUCCGUUCAGCUGACGUGCACAGAGUUGCUGAAGGUGAUCGAAAAGUACCAGCACAGAAUCACACGGUUAUCCCAGGAGGAGAACGAGCUCGGCCUGUUCUUGCGUUUCCAGGCUGAACGUGACCGAACGAAGGCCGGGAACAUGAUGGAGGCCACCAGCAAGGCCCUGUGCACCUCCGCCAAGCAGAGGAUGGCGCUUUGCCCGCCGUUGCAGCGCAUGUAUCAGGAAGUGGAGACGUUCCGGCGGCGCGCCAUAGCCGACACGCUGCUGACGGUCAGCCGGAUGGAGAAGGCCCGCACGGAGUACAGGGGAGCGCUGCUUUGGAUGAAAGACGUUUCUCAGGAACUGGACCCAGACACCUACAAACAGCUGGAGAAGUUCCGCAAGGUCCAGUCGCAGGUCAGAGGGACUAAGAGCCAGUUUGAGAAGCUGAAGAAUGACGUGUGUCAGAAGGUGGACAUGCUGGGAGCGAGCCGCUGUAACAUGCUGUCUCACUCCCUCUGCACCUACCAGACCACUCUGCUGCAGUUCUGGGAGAAAACAGCCAACGCCAUGUCGGGAAUCCACGACGCCUUCCAAGGGCACAUACCAUACCAGUUCACCACAAUCAAGCAUCUACGGGAUCCAUUGGAGGAAAUCUCUGAUUCCCAAAAUAAAGAGAAGAACGAAAAUCCCCAACAGAACAACACAGACAGCCUGGUGUCCUUGGACGAUGACAAGCCAGCAGAAAGUACAUCUAAUUCAGACCUUAAGCUCAGCAGUGAUGGGCAGAGCAAAGCUGGUGAGAAUGCCAUGCACGACCUCAGAGGGCUCUCUGGAGACGCUGGCGACGACCUCAUGCUCAUGGCCUGCAGCGUGCCGCCCCCAUCAGACGUCCCCCUGGUCCCGCCUCCUUCUCAGGACGGCGACCAGAGCGAGAGCUGGAGCUUCGGACGCUUCGAGUCCAGCCUCCCACAGCUGCCCGCCUCGGGUGACAGUUUGCUCUCAGGCAGUCUGCCGAUCCCAUCAGAACCAGGGCUAACGCUGGAGGAGGAAGAUGGUGAGCGGAGCGACAUCGCUUUCCUGAAGGACCUCCUCAGCCCGGGCCCAGGGGGCAGCGAUGAGUUCAGCAGAGAGUGGCAAGACGCCUUCGGGGCGUUUGACCCCCCUAGCGUUCCCGCCGCCGGCACCGGACCCACCCGUCCCCCUUCCAACCCACCCAGCCCUACAGGCUUCCUGCCGUCACAGCUGCUGGAUCACAGUUUGAGCUCCUCAGGUUGGGUGACCCCACCCAUGUUCCAAGCUCCACCCCUGCAGCUGCCCCCUGGUCAGAACCAGGCAGCUCCCCGAUCUCAUCCAGCUGCAGCUAACGCAGCUCCAGGAGGAUCCAAAGACAUGUCUGCGUGGUUCAACCUGUUUGCCGACCUUGACCCGCUUUCCAACCCCGACGCCAUCGGACGCUCUGCUGACGAGCUGCUCAACGCCUGAACCUCUCGGAGCUGCUUCAAUGUACCUUCAGUCUCUCUUUGAAAACACAUCUGUAUUACAGCAACUUGUCAUUCCAUCAUAAUUGAGCACACACACACACACACACACACACUAAUCUAGAAGCUAAAAACAUCGAGCUGAUGACCCUCAGCUGCUGUAACUGACUUUACAGUUACACCGAAGCUGCGGCGGUUCGUGUUACCUGAUCAUGGCUGCAGCGCCUGGAUGUUAGGGAGGAUGUCGGCGCCCCGCCUUUGUUUUGGAUGUUGCCGUGCGCUUUCUGUGUUUGGUUUGUUUGGGCGUGUGUCCGUUUGCUGAGUGUACAUAUUCAGAGAUCCAGAGUGGAUUUUAAAAAAAACACACACACAAAAAAAAAAAACGCUGCUUUCUGUGACGUUUCAGUUUUGCUGAAAACAGUUUGUGUGAAGUACCACAUGAUUGUCACAAAUGAUUCAUAGGCUGGGAUGUGAUAGGUCUGUUUUUCCUAACUCCUGACCCCAAAAACGACACACUAAUCCAUCAUGUACAGGCAAAGUGAAACCACUACACCUUCAUUGCAUUUAAACAAAAAUUUAAAGCCAAAAUAUGUAUCUAGCACUUUUUUAUUGGACACUUUCAGCUCUUUAAAACCAAUAUAACAAGCUGAUGUUUGCUGAGUAGUUUCCAGAAAGCCAAAUUUGUCUUUCAUGUUCUAUAGAGUCGGAGAAAACUCUAUAGAGUUCUGUGGCGUCUCAUUUAUGAAACCUUAAACGCCAGAAACAAACAUUUUAGCAAUUUGGCAACUAGUCUUAAAUCAGCCCCUACCUACUUGUACGACUGCAUCCUUUAAGCAGUUUGUUCUUCCUGCUUUGUGCAUGAGCUACUGCCAUGUUUAUCUGUUUGCAGUAGAACUUGUCUGCACACCUUACGCCCAAAGAAAAUAAGCAAACUAUACGACAGAACCCAGAGGUAGGUUCAGCAAAAUGCAAUCUAACAGCUGAAGUUCAAAUUCUUUUUCUCAAGUCAUAACUAAGGCUUUUGGUAAUAGAAUAUGGUUAAAUGAUUGAUAAAUAAUGAGCACAACUAGAAAGCUAUUGGGUAUCAUCUGGGGACAUAAAAUGUCACAUUUCAUAAGAGUGAAAUGUGCAUUUAAGUUUAAACUUAAGUGCAAAUAAGUUGAAACUUAAAUUUUACAGAAAUUUUAUGUGAUAUUUGUCUAGAACUGAAGCAGAGUGGAUUGUUGAUGUGUUUGGAAUGGAGGAAAUGGUCGAAAGGUGGUAACGAUGCGGCAAAAAGGUGAAUCCUUACGUACUUGUAGGUCAAUUUUCCAAAUUUUUUCCAAAGGUCUGUCCAUAGCAAAUAUUUCUACUCUGAUCAGCCUUAAAAAAUGAAACAUGGCAGAAAAAGACGGAUGGAUGAGUCAGAAAUGGAUGUGACAGAUGACUUCUAGAGAAACAUAUUUUUCCAUACUUCUUUUUUUUUUUACAUUAACCCAGAACUACAAAUUAACUUUGCAGGAGGAUUAUUAUUUGGCCAUAAAGUAGUAGUCUGGCAUGUCAUUUUUUCCAUAUCCUCUCACAGCCGAACUGGUAAAAGCAGAGCGAACUGAGCCAUUUAAUGGGUUCUUCAUGAUGCGGUAGAUAGCAAAUGCCUCGAUUUCAUCAAAUGGUCUGGAGCUAACUUUAAACUGUGAAUUCUCAAACUGAAAUUCAAGGUGUGCAAACUUUAGUGCGACAUCAACAAACGACGUGGUUGAAAUUCCAUCUACUGAAUCCAGUCUAAGGCCAAGGAGACCUCUUUUGCUUGCAGAUAACUGGUGCGUCAUAAUCAUAAUAAUCACAAAACCAUAAUAGCUAUGAAAUAAAACUCAAAUAUUCAUUAUUUUAGCUUUGUGUGCCGUUAAACACAGCAUUCGAAGGAACAGCUUAACAAAAAGGGAUUUGUCUCCAUGUGUGGAUUUCUGACAACUAAAUGCUUCAGUGCGAUUUAGUGCAAAUUUGUUUCUAAAAGGGAUUUUUAAAAUUGGAACUAAAAAGGGUCCAAAUUGCACCAAAUCCUCAGUUGGGAUAUUUGUUUGCUGAUAUUUUUUAACAAGCUGCACAUUAAUAUUCCAGCUCACCUGCAACAUUUGUUUCACUUCAUUGAUCUUCUAAUGCAACUUAAAAAAAAAAAGACUACUAGAAUAUUACUAUUUCUGUCAGAUCAAGUGUAAAUAUUACUUUUCACACUGAAAAUAAAAGAAUGUAUUUCUCAAGUCAAUAAGAGACGAGUCGUUUAUUUUAGCUAUGCCU